GACAUCGCCAUGCGCGAAGCCCUCACCCGCUUUCGCAGGCGCAUGCUUACCGCCAAUCGCGCCUUCAUCCAAUCCCGCAUCGCCGAGGUGGAAGCCCGCGACCCGACCGCCCCCGGCAAAAAGAAAAUCCAGCGGAUGGCGGAGUGGCGGCACUGCGACUGGAAUCCAGAACCAGACCGCUGGGACGAGGGCCAGCCCUACCUCCAGAUGGUGGACGACGACGCCGUGCCCGACCGGCGCAUGGACGGGGUCUACCCGGCCCGGUUGCGCACCGAGACCGCGCGGCAGAUUUACCUGGAUAUGCUGCAGGGAGUGUUCCAGCGGCAGGCGGAGGCGCGGGCGGCCAAGGAGGGCAGCGAGCAUCCCGGGGUGAUCCCGCGGUGCGAGGAGCUGGGCCGGUUCCUGCGGUACGCGCACGAGGUCCGAGAUCCGGAUGUGCGGCAGUCCGGGGUGGCGGAGUUUGCGGCUGGGUUGGAUAUCCAUUUUGAGGACGAGGAGUUGGAGGGGAUAGGGGAGGAAGCGCAGGGCGAGGAGGAUGAGGAUGGGGAGGGUAGACGGCGGCGGCAGGAGCGUGAGGACCGAUACCAUGAGUGUGUGCGCACAAAGUGCGAGCAUCUGCGGGAGUCGCUGGAACAGCCCAAUGACUAUUAUUCUUCGCUGUUCGGUAGAGCGACGAUUGUGGCCGAUGUGGAUUGCGAUCUGGAGGUCAAGGCGGGGGUUCUUACUGGGGCAGAAGGGUAUCAGGGGCAGUGGCCCCAGUGGUAUAGUGCUUAUCUUUACUGUCGCAAAUAUCCGGAUGAUGACGAGGAGGAGGAGGAGGAGGAGGAAGAAACGAAGCCAAAGUGGAAUGAUGAUGUCCCGGAUUCGCCCAAUAUUGGUGAAUGGGGAUGGCGGAUUGUUUUCAUGGAGGUAGACUACUGCGACCCCUGGGAGCCGCAACAGCUGUACGGGCGCAGGCCGCGCUUUGACUCCAUUCCCGAAUUCCUGGACUGGUACAGUAGCUGGCCGGACCAUUUGACUGAGCGACAGUUGCUGAGCUAUCGCCGGCACGCGCGAGGAUGGGACGGCUGUCAGACCGACUGUGAGUCAGAGUGUGAGGAUCACUGUUGA